GGGGAACUAGAUCUAUCUCCGGAUAUAACCAACAUACUCUGGAUUUAACCACUGGGUAUUGGGAUUUACCCCGUAUCUGCCCCAAGGUAAUCUGAGAUCAUGUGGACCCCAACCGAGGAGGAUAAAUACGGAGUGGUGAUAUGUAACUUCCGAACAUCAGUGCCUCAUGGGUUACCUCUGGAAUUAGGGGAAACCGUCCAAAUCUUGGAGAGAUGUGAAGGCUGGUACAGAGGAAUCUCCAUUAGGAACCCCAGUGCCAAGGGGAUUUUUCCAAUCAACAUUAUCCACUUGAAAAAGGCCACAGUCAACAACAGGGGUCCAUAUGAGACAGUGGUUCCUGUGGAAGAUCCGGUGGUCACCGAGGUAACAACAACUCUACAGGAAUGGGCCUCUCUCUGGAAGCAGCUUUAUGUGAAACACAAGGUGGAUCUUUUUUACAAACUGCGCCAUGUGAUGAAUGAAGUUAUCGACCUGCGUAGGCAGCUCCUGUCAGGUCACCUGACUCAGGACCAGGUGCGAGAGGUCAAGAGACACCUGACCGUACGCCUGGACUGGGGCAAUGAACACCUAGGCCUGGACUUAGUUCCCCGUAAGGAAUUUGAAGUGGUAGAUUCCGAUCAGAUCAGCGUCUCUGAUUUAUACAAGAUGCAUCUAUCAAGCAGACACAGCGUGCAGCAGAGCACAAACCAGGCAGACACCCUGAGGCAGCGACACAAGGAGCCUCGGGCCCCUGUUCCCCACCACCUGCUUCUCAAUCUGAAGAGUUUUACACACAGCAACAUUGGAGAAGACGUGGACAUCUUCUUCUCAUUAUAUGAUAUGAGGGAGGCGCGUCAGAUCAGUGAAAGGUACAUGAUCCGGCUUAAUAAGAACGGAGGUCCGAAGAACCCAGAAAAAAUUGAUCGAUUGUGUGCGCUAUUCACGGAUUUAAGCAGCAAAGAUAUGAAGAGGGAUCUUCAUCUUGUAGUUCAUGUCAUCAGAAUAGGUCGAAUGCUGCUCAAUGACUCUCGUAAAGGUCCUCCGCACGUCCAUUACAGACGCCCAUAUGGCUGCGCUGUACUGAGUCUAGGGGAAGUGUUGCCCGUGCUGUGUGAGCAUCGAGAUGAGAAGGACUUUGUGCUGAAGGUUUAUAUGUGUAAUAACGAAAAUGACUGGUACCAGAUUCAUGAGAACAUCAUUCGCAAAACCAGCACUAAAUAUUCUACUCCCAGCUCAAAUUAUGGCCUAAUCGUGUCAUUGCAGCUUCUGCGGGGGGACAUGGAGCAGAUACGCAGGGAAAACCAGCUGAUCUUUAGUAGAGGUGCAGUUGUGACCCGCAAAUUGGGAUUCCCAGAUGUCAUCAUGCCAGGUGAUGUCCGUAAUGACCUGUAUGUGACCCUGGAGCGAGGUGACUUUGAGAGGGGAGGAAAAAGUGUGCAGAAGAAUAUAGAGGUUACAAUGCAUGUCCUGUAUGCAGACGGAGAGAAUCUGAGGGACUGUGUUAGCCUGGGUACCGGAGAGCCGCCUCGCACUCAGUAUCACUCCUACGUUCUUUAUCACAACAACAGUCCCCGCUGGGGGGAGCUCAUCAAGCUUCCUGUUCCCAUUGAUCGGUUCCGAGGGUCCCACCUGCGUUUCGAGUUCAGGCACUGCUCGACUAAGGAUAAAGGUGAGAAGAAGCUAUUUGGAUUCUCCUUCACCCCCUUGAUGAGAGACGAUGGGACCACGCUGUCUGAUGAUACCCAUGACCUCUAUGUGUACAAGUGUGAUGAGAACAGCACCUUCAAUAACCACGCUCUGUAUCUUGGCCUCCCCUGCUGUAAGGACGACAUGAGUGGUUGCCCUAACAUCCCUUCCAGUUUAAUCUUCCAGCGCAGCUCCAAAGAGACCUUCAGCAUUUCUACCCAGCUCUCUUCUACCAAACUCACGCAGAAUGUCGACCUCCUGGCUCUGCUUAAAUGGAAGGCGUACCCAGAUCGGAUACUAGAUAUUCUCGGACGUCUGCGGCAUGUUAGCGGGGAGGAGAUUGUAAAGUUCUUGCAGGAUAUUCUCGACACUCUGUUUGUGAUUCUGGACGAAAACACAGAAAAGUAUGGACUGCUCGUCUUCCAGUGCUUGGUUUUUAUCAUCAACCUCUUGCGAGACAGCAAAUAUUAUCAUUUUCGAACAGUUUUGGAUGCAUAUAUCCAGAAACACUUUGCAGGUGCAUUGGCAUACAGGGAGCUGAUCCGGUGCUUGAAAUGGUACAUGGAACGGUCGGCUGAACUUGUGAGGCAGGACCACAUCCAGGAAGCCAUGAGGGCCCUGGAAAACCUCUUUAAGUUCAUUGUCCAAUCACGCCUACUUUUCGCUCGCUCCACUGGUGGCCUGGAAGAAGAGCAGUUUAGAUGCAGUAUCCAUGAGCUCUUCCAAUCCAUGCGAUUUGUCUUAAGCCUGGACACACGAAGCUCAGACACUCUGCUCUUCACUCAGGCUGCUCUCCUUAGCUCCUUCCCUGCUAUCUUUGAGGAGUUGCUGCCAAUGUUCUCAGUUGCAGAAGUGGCGGAGUUUGUGCGUGGCACACUUAGCAGCCUGCCAAGCACUCUACACCUGGGGCAGUCCAUGGAUGUGGUGAAACUCCAAUCAAUUGGCCGCACCGUGGAUUGCCGACUGUUUUCAUAUCCAGAGGCCAGAAGGAUCCUGCUGCCUGUUGUUCUUCAUCAUAUCCACCUGCACCUGAGACAACAGAAGGAGCUUCUGGUCUGCUCUGGGAUCCUCAGUAGCAUCUUCUCCAUUAUCAAAAGCAGUUCAACGGAGGUGGAUGUGGGAGAGGAGGUGCAGAUGCUGCAGGAGAGCCUGUUAGAUGUUCUCCUACAGACACUUCUUAUCAUCAUGAGUAAAUCUCAGGCCCAGGAGGCGGUAAGAGGCCAGCGGUGUCCACAGUGUACAGCAGAGAUCACUGGGGAGUAUGUUUCCUGCCUCCUGUCUCUGCUGCGCCUGAUGUCAGAUACCCACUACCAACAUCUGCUGCACAACUUCCAGAGCAAAGAAGAGCUUAAGGAAUUCCUGCUGAAGAUUUUCUGUGUGUUCCGGAACUUACUGAAGUUGAGUGUCUUCCCUCCAGACUGGACAGUGAUGAGACUUCUAGCCAGCAACAUUAUAGUAACGACUGUUCAAUACGUCUCUCCUGCUGUGCACAAAAACUUCUGUGAAGGAGAUUUUGACUUCAAGGUCUGGAAUUCCUAUUUCAGUCUUGCUGUCCUCUUCAUCAACCAGCCCAGUCUGCAGCUGGAGAACUUUGCUGCUGGGAAGAGACGGAGAAUCAUUGACAAGUAUGGGGACAUGCGUGUUAUGAUGACAUAUGAGCUCUUCAACAUGUGGCAGAACUUGGGGGAGCACAAGUUUCACUUUAUUCCAGGAAUGAUUGGACCUUUCCUGGGGGUUUCCCUUGUUCCUCAGCCUGAAGUCCGAAAUAUAAUGAUUCCCAUUUUCCACGAUAUGAUGGAUUGUGAGCAGAGACGUAAUGGGAACUUUAAGCAGGUGGAGGCUGAACUAAUCGAUAAGUUGGACUCUUUGGUGUCUGAAGGAAAAGGAGAUGAAAAUUACCGGGAACUUUUCAGCCUCCUCCUUCUAGAAAAGAUUGAGCAGGAAACAUGGAGAGAACCUGGGGCCUCGUUUGUAACUUCUGUAACACGGCUGAUGGAGAGGCUGCUGGACUACAGGGAUUGUAUGAAAGGAGAAGAAAAUGAAAACAAAAAAGUUGGCUGCACAGUGAAUCUGAUGAACUUCUACAAAUCAGAAAUAAAUAAGGAAGAAAUGUAUAUACGAUAUAUUCAUAAGUUGUGUGAUAUGCACCUACAGGCAGAGAGCUACACAGAGGCAGCCUUCACUCUUCUGUUGUACUGGGAAUUGCUGCAGUGGGAGGAAAAACCGCUUCGAGAAUUUCUUCAUUAUCCUGCACAGAGUGAGUGGCACCGGAAGGAAGGUUUGAGUCGAAAAAUCAUCCACUACUUCAACAAGGGCAAGUGCUGGGAGUUUGCAAUUCCCCUGUGCAGAGAGCUUGCCGCUCAGUAUGAGAAGCUCUACGACUAUCAGAGCCUGAGCUGGAUUCUGAAAAUGGAAGCAUCUUAUUAUGAUCACAUUAUGGAUCAGCAGAGGUUGGAACCAGAGUUUUUCAGAGUUGGAUUUUAUGGAAAGAAAUUCCCAUUCUUCUUGCGGAAUAAGGAAUUUGUUUGCCGGGGCCAUGAUUACGAGCGAUUGGAGGCAUUUCAACAAAGGAUGCUGAAUGAGUUCCCACAGGCCAUUGCAAUGCAACAUCUGAACCACCCUGACGACACCAUUCUUCAGAGUGACUCCCAAUACCUGCAGAUUUAUGCAGUAACUCCACUUCCGGACACACCACGAGUUCUGCAAAUGGAUCAUGUACCAGAGAGAAUAAAGAGCUUCUACAGAGUGAACAAUGUGCGCAGGUUCCGCUACGACCGACCGUUCCACCGAGGACAACGGGACAAGGACAAUGAGUUUAAGAGUCUCUGGAUAGAGCGCAGUACCCUCACACUAUCUCACAGCCUUCCUGGGAUCUCUUGCUGGUUCGAGGUGCAGAAGAGAGAGCUGGUUGAAGUCAGCCCACUGGAAAAUGCUCUGCAGGUACUGGGUAACAAGACACAGGAACUCCGGGCUCUGAUUACACAGUAUCAGCACCAUACGCUACAUGGGAACAUCAACUUGCUCAGCAUGUGUCUGAAUGGUGUCAUCGAUGCAGCUGUGAACGGGGGAAUCACACGAUACCAAGAGGCGUUCUUUGACAAGGAUUAUAUUACCCAGCAUCCUGAAGAUGCUGAGAAGAUCAGCCAGCUUAAAGAGCUCAUGCAGGAACAGGUGCAUGUGCUCGGUGUUGGUCUAGCUGUACAUGAAAGAUGUGUACACCCCGAGAUGCGGCCCCUGCACAAAAAGCUUGUUGAUCAAUUCCAGGUUAUGCGCUCAAGUCUAUAUCAGGAGUUUCCAGCUCUAGAGAAGUUAAGUACAACCUGCACUGCACUGCCCCGUAGUAACAUUUUGUUAUCACACGGAAAUCUCAGCAAUGACAGCAUGAGGCUCUUCCACCGACACAGUCCCCUUGUGGUUUUGAGCUCUGUGCGUCACUCCUCUUCCUCGCUCUCGUCACAUGCCUCCAGUGACACAGGGAGCACCCCAACUGCCGGAGACAGUGAGAAUGAGGAUCCCUACACACUACAGAUGCUGCUCCCGCACUCUCUUCAUGCCGGCUCAAUCACUAAUGUUUCUGCGUUAUCAUCAUCCUACACAAGCCCCUCCUCCUCCAGUCUCAGCUCCACCCACUCUGCUCCAUCACAGCUUGUUAAUUCUGCACCCUCAAGCACACGAGGCUCACCUUCACUGCCAGAUAAAUAUCGUCACUCACGGGAUAUGGUGAUGCUUCUCCCAGCACCGAGAGACCGGCCCAGCAGUGCCAUGUACCAGACGGGCGCAGAUAAUACGCAGCGCUGUGUGUAUCCUCGCGCACUGUUACAGCAAGUCCUGGGUCAGUGUAAGCCGUGUAGUGACCCUAACCUCUCGGUGGCAGAGAAAGUGCUUGCAGCUCCCAGCAGUUGGAGUUUGGACAGUGGGACCAGAGAACCUCUCCCCUUCCUGGCGUCUCAUGUUGGAAGCGUCCUUACUCCGACGGGGAUCCACAGGGGCCUGACACAGGGUCCUUACUCACUGCACUUUGAUGCAUUUCAUCCCUCUGUAGGAGAGGCUGCACCGUCGAUGCCCACAAGAUCCUUACGCAAGAGCCCGUUGCACACCAUUCCGGCUUCCCCCACCAGUCCACAGUCAUGUUUGGAUGGUAGUAACUCUCCACUUUCGGGCAGUGCCAGCAGUGGGGUCUCUUCCUUAAGUGAAGGCAACUUUUCUGGAUGCCCAGAUCAAGUACCCCCCUCAGACCACCGAUGUGAGGAAGGGCAGAGUGGAGGCUAUCAGCACUACCCCCCUGUACGGUACAGUCUCUCUGACCCUAAUGGUUUAGAGACCGCAAAACUCCAGCCUUGUCGAAGUCAUUCUGCCCCUAGCGGAGUCAACCCACCUCGGUCACCCAACGGAGAACAGGAGGAGGGAGGAACAGAACAAGAGCGAAUGAGGAGACCUCGACGAAACUGCCCAGGGGUCAAAGAACACUCAGCAAGGGUGGGAUGGGAGCACAACAUGGGCAAACCAUAACCAGAGACAGUUUGGGAGGAGUGAGGGGACUGUAGGAGGAAUGGAUGAGAAGUAUGUGUCCUGUUGUCGUUGUAUUAGGUGGAGUAAGGAAUGUAUCUGUAAUAACAUCUGUAUAUGAAGAGGAACAGAUGAAAGGUGUGUCUUCUGAUAUCUGUGUAUACUAAAGAAAUCAUAUCCUAAAGUGUAUAAGGAGGAGGUGUAAGGUAGAUUCCCUGAUGUCUGUGUAUUAGAAAGAGGUGAGAGGUAUGUGUGCUGCUCUCUCUGUUUUAGAAAAGGGUGAGGAUUAUGGGUGCUGGUGUCUGUGUAUUAUUAGGAGGUAUGUGUGUUGGUGUCUGUAUUAGAAGUGAGUGGUAUGUGUGUUGGUGUCUGCAUAUUAAAGGUGAGUGGUAUGUGUGCUGGUGUCUGUGUAUUAGAGAGAGCUAUGUGUGCUUGUGUCUUUGUAUAAGAAAGAGGUGAGAGGUAUGUGUGCUGGUGUCUGUAUAAGAAAGAGGUGAGAGGUAUGUGUGCUGGUGUCUGUGUAUUAGAGAUGAGGGGUAUGUGUGCUGGUUUCUGUGUAUUAGAGAUGAGGGGUAUGAUGUUGGUCUCUGUGUAUUAGAGAUGAGAGGUAUGUGUGCUGGUGUCUGUGUAUUAGAGAUGAGAGGUUUGUGUGCUGGUGUCUGUGUAUUAGAGAUGAGAGGUGGUAUGUGUGCUGGUGUCUGUGUAUUAGAGAGAGCUAUGUGUGCUUGUGUCUGUGUAUAAGAAAGAGGUGAGAGGUAUGUGUGCUGGUGUCUGUAUAAGAAAGAGGUGAGAGGUAUGUGUGCUGGUGUCUGUGUAUUAGAGAUGAGGGUUAUGUAUGCUGGUGUCUGUGUAUUAGAGAUGAGGGGUAUGUAUGCUGGUGUCUGUGUAUUAGAGAUGAGAGGUAUGUGUGCUAGUGCUGUGUAUUAGAGAUGAAGGGUAUGUGUGCUGGUGUCUGUGUAUUAGAGAUGAGAGGUAUGUGUGCUAGUGCUGUGUAUUAGAGAUGAAGGGUAUGUGUGCUGGUGUCUGUGUAUUAGAGAUGAGAGGUAUGUGUGCUGGUGUCUGUGUAUUAGAGAUGAGAGGUAUGUGUGCUGGCGUCUGUGUAUUAGAGAUGAGAGGUAUGUGUGCUGGUGUCUGUGGUAUGUGUGCUGGUGUCUUUGUAUUAGAGUUGAGAGGUAUGUCUGCUGGUGUCUUUGUAUUAGAUGUGAGAGGUAUGAAUGCUGUUUCUGUGUAUUAGAGAGAGGUGAGAGCAAUAUUUGCUGACGUCUGUGUAUUAGAGAUGAGGGGUAUGUGUACUAGUCUCUGUGUAUAAGAAAGAGGUGAGAGCAAUAUUUGCUGGUGUCUGUGUAUUAGAGAUUAGGGGUAUGUGUGCUGAUGUCUGUGUAUUAGAGAUGAGGGCUAUGUGUGCUGAUGUCUGUGUAUUAGAGAGAAGUAUGUGUGCUUGUCUGUGUAUAAGAAAGAGGUGAGAGGUAUGUGUGAUGGUGUUUCUGUGUAUUAGAAAGAGGUGAGAGCAAUAUUUGCUGGUGUCUGUGUAUUAGAGAUGAGGGGUAUGUGUGCUAGUCUCUGUGUAUAAGAAAGAGGUGAGAGCAAUAUUUGCUGGUGUUUGUGAAUUAGAGAUGAGGGGUAUGUGUGCUGAUGUCUGUGUAUUAGAGAUGAGGGCUAUGUGUGCUGAUGUAUGUGUAUUAGAGAGAGGUAUGUGUGCUUGUCUGUGUAUAAGAAAGAGGUGAGAGGUAUGUGUGAUGGUGUCUGUGUAUUAGAGAUAAGGGGUAUGUGUGCUGGUGUCUGUGUAUUAUAGAUGAGGAGUAUGUGUGCUGGUGUCUGUGAUAAGAAAGAGGUGAGAGGUAUGUGUGCUGGUGUCUGUGUAUUAGAGAUGAGGGGUAUGUGUGCUGGUGUCUGUGUAUUAGAGAGAGCUAUGUGUGCUUGUGUCUGUGUAUAAGAAAGAGGUGAGAGGUAUGUGUGCUGGUGUCUGUGUAUAAGAAAGAGUUGAGAGGUAUGUGUGCUGGUGUCUGUGUAUUAGAGAUGAGGGGUAUGUAUGCUGGUGUCUGUGUAUAAUAAAGAGGUGAGAGGUAUGUGUGCUGGUGUCUGUGUAUUAGAGAUGAGGGGUAUGUGUGCUGGUGUCUGUGUAUUAGAGAUGAAGGGUAUGUGUGCUGGUGUCUGUGUAUUAGAGAUGAGGGGUAUGGAUGUUGUAUUUUGGUGUUUCUGUAUAAGAGAGGAGGUAUGAAUGUUUGUGUGCAUUAGGAAAGGCUACCAGUUGUGUGCUGAUCCCUGUUUAAUAGGACCAUGGAAAGGUACUGAUAUGUGGGUAUCAGGGGAAGAUAAGAUACCUGUGUUAUAACCUCUGCAUUUAAAGAAAGAUCUGUGUCCCAAUGUGUAUUGUUUAGGAGUUCUAACAAAAUAUAACUUCAUUCCAAAGGGAUUAUGCAACUACGCAGUUUAUUUCUGAUUCUUAAACAAAUCGUACAAAAUAUGCAAUUGCUUGAUGAAUAAAAACAGAAGCAAAUUCUCA